UUUCUUUUUUUUUCCCCCCCCAAAAAAAAGAAAAAUGUAAGAAAAAUGGGUAUUCGGGUUAUGCAUACCUGCACUUUCCUUGAGCAGGCAGUUUUGCACGUACGUCUUAGAGCCAGGCCAUUCAGAGAUAUCACUACGUCUGGUCUGACUGUGAAUCAAACUAUAAACGACACUCUGGGAGCUUUCCGGGGGCGUCCUUGUGAUUGGUUUCGACCAACCGGACGGAAGCAUGUAGUUAGCAACUGACCUGUCAUAUGAACUGUGUACAAAGGUUGUUGACGA